AUGGAGCAGAAUACACUGAAACGAAGAGGAGUCGGCUUGACAGGCGUCGACAAACAACACUCCUUCGGAGGUUACACUCUCUUCUGUCCGCUCACCAGCGACACUGCACACUUAGUUGACAUCGACGGCAAGGAAGUUCAUUCUUGGAAACUUCCAGGAAGAAUUGGUCGACAUGCCAGGAUCCUGCCUAACGGCAAUCUUGCAGUUAACACACUUCGCCCGUCGCCACAACGCACGACACAAGAUGGAGGCCCAUACCCUUUUCCAUUCUUCAAUAAAUAUGGCGGCGGCAUCAUGAGCGAAUUGGACCCUGAUGGAAAGGUGGUUCGUCAAUUUACUGACCCCUUCGGUCACCACGACCAAUACCAUUAUGGCGAUGGUCGCAUGUUGUACACCAGUCUCGAGGCAUUGUCACCUGAGGACUCCGCCAAAGUGAUCGGAGGCGUCCCCGGAUCUGAAAUUGAUGGCAUAACGUAUGCCGAUACGAUCAACGAGGUCGAUGCGAACGGCAAACUCGUCUGGCAGUGGAAAGUGUCGGAGAGACUGCCAAGGGAGGAAUACCCGUUGCAGCCACAUUACACCCGAGAACAUUAUCCUCUGAUCAACGCAGUCCUACCGAUGCGGGAUGGGAAACAUAUUCUGGCGUCCAUGCGGUCGGUGUCAGCAGUAGUCAUCAUCGAGAGAUCCACGGGUGAUAUUGUGUGGAAACUUGGGUCAGAUGUGCUCGCCCAACAGCACAAUGCUACCGAGCUGGAGAACGGCAAUAUCUUGAUCUUCGACAAUGGUGCCUUCCGAACUGGUCAGUCCAUUCAAUAUACGCGUGCAAUUGAGGUGGACCGUAAGACCAACGAGAUCGUCUGGGAAUACCAUGAUCGCUCACAGAUGGUAUACUUCUUCACGCCAUUCAUGGGCAGUGCACAAAGGUUGGCCAAUGGCAAUACCCUGUUAUGUGAGAGCGCUUUUGGCCGUGUUUUCGAGGUCACCACGGACGGUUACGUCUGCUGGGAGUACGUCAACCCGCAUUUCGCGCCAUAUCCUGAUGCGGCAACGGCCAAGCUAUUUCCAGGAGAUUCAAACGCCUUGUUCAGGGCAUACCGGUAUUCAUUGGAAGAGAUUCCUUGGUUGCAGCGUAAAUUGGACGGUGUCGAGAAUGGUCAAGCACGGGCUGGUGGCAUAAGUGGUAUCUGCAGACAACAAUGA